CACUCUCUCCCUUCUUAACUCAUUUUCGCAUCGGAACCGGCAGAGUCGCUCUCUCUCUAAACCCUUCCACUCAGCUACGACAAUGUCUGUGCUCGAUUCGCUCGCAGCUAUUAGUCUUCUAUCGGUUUGGUUUCUGUGUAUCGAAGCGUCGGUACAUGACUACGCUGGAGAGAAAUUCGUUAGCAAGGGCAAUGCAUUCGUGGUCCAUGGAGGAAGUGAGGGAAUCUACUUUUCUCUCCCCAACCAGAACGAGUCUGCGGCGAAUUGCGAUUCUUGUAUACGUUUUGAAAAGAUUACAUUCCGGAGGCCCAAAGAAUAUUCAAACUUCAGCUCCAGGUUGGUUCAAGCCCUCAUUUUUGAGGUAGAUGAUAGAGAAACAAUUGGGGGUUCAGCCUAUGGGGGCCAAAGGGCUGUGUGUUGCACAGCAGAUUUAGCAAAACUGGGCGUGUGUUCUCAAGGAGAAAUCAUUCACCGACCAUCUUCCCAAAAUCCAGGUUGGCCCAAAGUGUUUGGUGUUUCAUUCAAUGCAGAUGAGCUAACUGCAAAGUUGCAACCAAAAUCAAUACAGAUCACAAAAACUGGGAUGUAUAAUCUGUACUUUAUUCACUGUGAUCCGAAUCUAAAGGAGUUGGUAGUGGAGGGAAAAAGUAUAUGGAAAAAUCCUACUGGUUACCUGCCUGGCAGAAUGGCACCACUUAUGAACUUUUAUGGGUUCAUGUCUCUUGCAUUUGUGAUACUUGGAAUCUUUUGGUUCUCUCAGUAUGCUCGAUUUUGGAGAGAGGUUCUUCCAUUGCAGAACUGCAUAACACUAGUAAUAACACUGGGCAUGCUUGAGAUGGCCUUGUGGUAUUUUGAUUACGCCGAAUUUAACGAGAAUGGAGUCAGACCUACUGGGAUCACUGUAUGGGCCGUCACCUUUGGCACUGUGAAGCGCACAGUUUCACGUUUGAUCAUCCUGAUGGUUUCUAUGGGCUAUGGUGUUGUAAGACCUACCCUAGGCGGUCUUACGUCAAAGGUUAUUAUGCUUGGAGCUACCUUCUUUCUCGCAUCUGAAGUGCUUGAACUGGUCGAAAAUGUUGGUACUGUCAGUGAUCUUUCAGGAAAUGCAAGACUGUUUUUGGUUCUUCCUGUGGCAAUCUUGGAUGCUUUCUUCAUCCUCUGGAUAUUUAAAUCUCUCUCUGCAACUCUUAAUAAGCUUCAGGCUAGACGGAUGAUGGCCAAACUUGAUAUUUACAGAAAGUUCACAAAUGCCUUGGCAGUAGCUGUUAUUGUGUCCGUGGGCUGGAUAUGCUAUGAGCUCUAUUUCAAGUCAACUGAUGUGUACAAUGAGCAAUGGCAGAAUGCAUGGAUCAUCACUGCCUUCUGGCAAGUCCUAUCUUUCUCUCUCCUCUGUGUCAUCUGUGCUCUUUGGGCGCCAUCUCAGAACUCAACGCGAUAUGCUUACUCUGACGAUGGUGAAGAGUUUGACAGGGAUGAUACUUUAACACUAAUAAAACCAUCCCCUAUUCCUUCAAAGGAUGUCCGUAGUCCACCUGAAGUCAGACCAGCGCAUGGCGGGAAUGAUGUAUCAAACGGUGAUUUGGAAGAAGACAAGACAGAGUAAUGUAAAACCUAGCUGAGGCAAUUUAAAUUGGUUUGGUUUUUAGAAGCUCCGAGGCCCUAGUGAUGGCACAGAGAAUCAUCUGGUUGCUCUCCCAGCCGGGGAAUGUUCAUUUAUCGAAUAGAGCAGUGUGCUCUCUGCUUUUCAUGUUCUUGUUUCUAUUUUCUCUUUCCAUUUGUCUCAGUUUCCGUAGGAAAUUGGAUUCUAUGUCCACUAAUAGUUGGCUGAGAAAACAGAUCUGUACUGUUAUUUCACACGAAUAUACUGUAUCAUUUACCAUCAAGUGUAACUUCAUUUGGCGCUUUUUUUUUACAAA